AUGUGGAAAAAAGUUGUUUUGUGUUUGACGGCAUUGCAUUUAUAUAGUAUCGCAGCACAAGGCGAGUGCACCGAUUUACGAGGAAGGCUUAUAUCUCACGGUUUACACUACGUACCAGGUCCUGACACUUGUACUCUUUGUGUUUGUGAUAAUGGUCUACCCAAAGUAUGCAAGGCAGUUCUCUGCUCGCCUCCGCAGGACUGUCGGUCGUUCCGCGUCGGCAACACCUGCUGCGAGUUCAUAUGCCUCGACGACGUGGUGAAGCCGGCGGAUGGUGAGGCGAACGUCCGCGUGGCCGCUGGCGGGGCGGCGGCGCUGGUGCUGGUCACCGUCGCGCUGGUGGUGUACCGCGUGCGCACGCACAAGCGCCGCCGCCCCCCGCGCCCCGACGACCAGCGGAGCCUCACCAGCAUAGGCUACAUAAGCGGCAGCAUGGGCUAUAUGGGCGGCACGUGCGAGACCGCUUUGGCGGCUUGGAAGCCCCCGAGCAACUAUCUGCCGCGAGGGGAGGCCCCGCCCCCUUACGAGGAGGCGGUGGCGCAGUGCCGCGCCGAGACCAUGAGGUUGAACAACGAGUCUUUCCAUCGCUCCUAUCCCGUGGUGGAUACCGCAGACGCCGUCCAGUGUGCGGGGCACUACGUCAACAUACCAAGGCCUGUGCAGCAGAUAGCCAACACGCAGAAUUGCUACAAUGCGCCGCUGUUGCAGACAGUCCACCCUGGCGAUAGCAACGCCUUGCCACACCAUCCCCUCCCUAACGUGGGGUUCGGCAGCGCGGGCCGCGUGGGGGUCGUGGGGGGCGCAGGGGGCGUGGGAGGCGUGGGGGGCGCCGGGAGGGGGGCGCAGGUGCCGGUCGCUGCACCGCAGCCCCCACCCCCCGCGCAGCCCCCCCCGCAGCCGGAGCACGAGCGGCCGCACAACGUGCCCGGCUUCUACGCGCACGCCCACCCCAUACACACCUCGCUGCACCGCACCAUCCCGCGCAUCUCGGGCGCGCUGGAGGCGGCCACGCUGGAGUGCGCGCUGCCGGGCUUCAGCCGCGCGGACCGCUCGCUGUGCGGCGAGAUCCGGCGCUCGUUCCACCGCGCCGGCGAGCCGCGCCUCGACACCGGCCGCAGCGUGCCGCGCAACCUCAACAUGGCCGCCAGCAUCGUCGACCUCGGCCUGGACCACAAGACGACCAUACGGCUGAACAUCGGCCGCUCGCGGGCGCACAGCGACGAGCACAACGUGGGCGGGGCCGAGCAGAAGCCGCGGCCGCAGCAGGCGGACGCCGCCACCGCGACGCCCCCCGCCCCGCAGCCGGCGCCGCCCCCCCAGCAGCCCCCCACGCUGCCCCUCACCGUCGACAAGCCAUCGUGCGAGUGCAGCUACGACGGCAGUCAGGCCCCGGCCGCCGAAGACGCCGACGACUACCGAAGUGAGUGCGAGAACUGCAAAUCGGCCAGCAGCUCCAGAUGGGUGUUAGAGGAGGGAUGGUGCGUGGAGGAGGAGGGCGGUGGUACGCAGACGCUGCAGAGGCGCGCCCCCCCUCCGGCCGCGCCGCCCCCCGCCGCUGCCACCGCCACGCUCCCGCAGCCGGUCACCAAGCUGAGCCGGAAUGCAGCGGGACCGCCAUCCAACUGGGAGAAUUGGUUCAACACCAUACCAGACUCCGAUACAGAGUCAGAGGAAGAG